AGUGCCGUCUCGGCAAUUCAUGCGAGUUCGGACUCUGUCUACAGAGGCUGUUCAACAUGGAGUGUUGCUCAGCACAGCCUCGAAGCCCGUCAAGCCAAUCCGUGACACCCUGCAUGAUACCUCUGUUACAGAAUGUGUUUAUUUACCACAUGCGUCCCGACGGCGAAUUUUUCUAGUUCCUCUCGAUGCGAGUGCAGUUUGAGACACCUCAUAGCACGCUCGGCCUGUAUUCCAUCUUCGUCUGAAUCACAAUGGCGGACAAAGAGAACCUCCCUCGGGUGAAGAUAAGUCAAAUGCUCGUCGAUGAGGGAGAGGGCUUGACGAGAGUAUUGAAGAGACACCACCUGUCCGGUAUCGCAAUCUCAGGCACGGUCGGAGCUGGGUUGUUCCUUACUUCGGGAGACAUUCUCGGACUCUCAGGCUCGUUGGGAUCGGUCAUAGCAUAUGGCUGCGCAGGUUUUCUGGUGAUGUGUGUAAUGUUCUGCCUCAGCGAAUUGGUAUCUGUUCGACCAUCGCCAGGCGCCUUCUAUGAAUAUCCUGCGAUUUUCGUGCACCCUUCGCUGGGCUUUGCUGCAAGUUGGGCGUAUUGGCUUGCGUAUGCUUGUAGUGGCUGUACGCUCACGGUUGAAGCAGCCAAGCUUCUUCAGUAUUGGUCUGACAAACUCUCGGGUCCUGUUGCGAUCCUCAUAACGCUCGCGCCGGUCAUAUUGCUGAAUCUUUUCGGUCCCGUCAUUUGGUACGGUCGUCUUGAGUGGGCCGUGAAAUGGACGAAGAUUCUUCUCAUCCUCACCAUCACGGUCUUGAUGAUCAUGAUCGCAGCGGGUGUACGCGGCAAGGGUGCUGUAUCAAUACAGCCGCCAUCCCAUCAGUGGGACGAUGCCCAUUUGUUUUCGCCAGGCUUCUGCUUCUAUGGCGCUCGCGAUGGUCAAUGCACUCCAGGACUUUCAAUUCCCGGGACACUGGGUACAUUUCUAGGAAUCUGGAACUCCAUUUCUUCUGCCAUUUUUGCUUUUCUAGGUCUGGAGUUCGUGGUUAUUGCCGCCGGAGAAGCCAAGUACCCACGUCAUGACCUGCCGAGUACCGUUCGUUGGAUAUAUUGGUUCGCCAUAGUGGUCUAUGUCGAGCUCAUGAUACUUGGAGCGAUCAACGUCCCUUUCGAUGACCCUGCCCUACGCCCAUUCACCUAUCCUACCGAUUUUAUGAGCGUACCGCAAGAGACUUUGGACAUUUUUCACUUCGCCAACAACACAAGGAUAAACACAGGAGAUCGCUCGCCAUUCAUUAUUGCUGUCAAACGAGCUGGAUUUACAACGACAUUGCCGGAUGUAUUAAAUGCCGCACUUUACCUUUCCGCAUUGACUGCAGCAAAUACCGCAUUCUAUGUUUCCUCACGCACUAUGUACCAGCUCUGCAUCGGAGGAACGGUGCAUCCACGCAUCAAGAAGACACUGGGUAGCACAACAUACUACGGGCUACCGCUUUGGGCGAUUUUCAUCUCUAUAUGCAUCAGCUUAUUUUCCUUCUUGGCGGCGAUUCAGAGCAAUCACAAUCAGAUCAAGUCCGUCGUCUCGCGAAUUAGCGUCACAUGCAUUCUGUGCGUGUAUCUUUCGCAAUGUGCGGCAUUCAUACGUUAUCAGCACUUCUACAAGAUGAAAUUUGGUAGCAAUCGAAGAUAUCAAAAUUGGCCUGGCCAUGAACAGUGCUACCGAUCAGGGUUACAUCAACCGGCGCCGGCGAUCAUCGCAAUUGUCUUCGGAAGCCUGUUGCUGUUAUUCAAUGGCUGGGAUACCAUAUUCCAAGCUGCUCAGCCUGGUGCCAACGCUUCCGAUCUCGCUGCUGGUCUGAUCAAAUCCUAUCUUGGACCGACCAUCUUCGCAACGCUAUUUUUUGUGCAUAAGUACAAGCACGGUCGCAGCAUGGUAACUUUCCGAGAAGUCCGGGACACGUUGGAUGAAAUCGCCAAUGUGCCCGAGGAUCAGAGCAAUGAGCCGCCGCGGGAGAAUGUGCCUUGGAAGAGAUUCUUGAGAGCAAUCAUGUAGCGGAUCUAGACCUUAAUGAUACCCUUGACAUGCAGCAGGGCGGCCUCACAUGGGAUGGUGCGCCUACGCGUCGUGAACAAGUCGUGUACGUUGAUACGCCUCGGCAUGUAUAAGAUGGGC